AUGGAUCCUCUUUCAAUUGCGACUGGAUGCGCCAGUCUCAUAACUACCAUCGGAAGCUUAACCCUAUCUAUUACUUCAUUUGUCCGAAGCUGUAGAGAAGCUCGCAGCGAUUUGGACCGCGUAUCGCGCGAGCUGCAUUCCCUCCAAACAGUUCUGGAGCUCAUUCAAGAAGACGCGAAAGACGACACAAAGUCAUUUCCCGAGACAAUUCAGCGUCACGUUUCUGGUAUCGUGACAAAUUGCAACUUAGUUGUUAUCGAAGUCCAGACAUGUAUAACGAAAUAUGGGGAUGGAAAAGUCAGAAACAAGGCCGCAUGGGUGCUUAAUGGUCAGGGUGACAUGGAAAAACUAAGAUCCAGUCUGGAAGCUCAUAAAUCGGCACUGGAACUGGCACUGGACAUGCUCACUUUGUCUGUCACAAAGGACAUCAAGACUGAUACUACGGAAAUCCUCAAUGAUACAGCUGCUAUCAAAGACGAUACAUCACUGAUUCUUGAAGAGAUCGCACGGCUUCAAGCCCGGUUACCUGCAACAGCCGCCGCACCGAAUGACUAUAUCUUGCAGAAGUUUCUGGAAGAUAUGGCAACUUAUACAGAAUCAACACUUGAUGUUGAUGGGGGAUUUAGUGACCGUGCAAGCUCGAAGGCCCUUUCGUUCAUCGAUGAGGACGAGGAGAUUCCGCAUGUAUCAAAGCAGUUUGAUCUUCCUAUCCGGAACUCGAAAAGAGAGCAAAACGCCGAGGCCAUUCAAGGUCCUCAGUCGAAAUCUACGGCGCAUGAUACCGCCGUCUGCGAAAAAAAAAUGGUCAAACGCAAGUCUUUGAUCGGCGGCACUUAUGUUGAGACUGCGCAAGCAUCAGCCAAGGAAAUAUGGUCUAGACCGAAUUGGACCCAGCAGCAACCUUCCUUCGCUUCUGAAACAUUACAACUCGAGGUCAAACCAACUUCUGACGUUACGAAAACACAAAUAAUACCUCUGCGUCCUGGGACACCCAAGUCCAUGGAUUACGUCGAUGCAUCUGAAAGAUAUGAAAGAUCAACUUCUCUACCUGGUUCAGGACAGAAACCUAAAGAGGUCGUCACAAACUCAAGGCCAAGCAGCGACACAUCUUCAGCCGGGUCAGACCGACUUGUUGACAAGCCUGAUGAACAGCAACCAAGCCCAGAACUACAAGACCUCUCACCAGAGUUGGUGUAUAGAAUCGCUUAUAAUAUCAGCACAUUUUUCAACAACUUUGUCCUCCAUCUGCCUGUUCCAGAAAGUAUCCUGAAAGGUCUUUCUCGUACCGAUGAUACGGAAUUCACUCACUCAAGAUUUACCUUUGUGACAUGCCAGCCGCGAAAUAUGGUCGGUGAAAGGUAUUGCCUUAGGCCAACAUUCUGGACGACGAAACCAAAGACGAAAUUUGUUCUGCUGCUGGUAGUGCAUCCUGCUGAUCAAGACCGUGUAACAAAAUGGACUCUGAUACAUGAUGCAAUCGCCUAUGCCGAAAGAAAGCUUGGACCAGAUACUUGGAAACAAGUUCGUGUGAACAUUCACUUUGCACGUUAUAAUUGCAGACGUUGGUCGGCCUUCCUCGAAAGAAUCGGACUCAUUCAGGGUUUCAGGAUUUCGGCUAAAGCAGUGAAUAAUCAACAAGUGCUGAGCGAAGCGCUCACACAAGAUACCAAGGAAGUAGCGGAGAAAAAGGUGGAAGGCACCAUGCACGAGUACACGGUGCAGCUCCGUGGGAUUUCUGACGGAUUGUUUUACUCAGAAAUUGAAAUCGCCCAAGCAGAUAUUCCCAUUCAGGUAGUAGUAACACGUUACGCAGCAGGAUAUGUCACGGGCGACUAUGGCGACUUUGGUGAUUGGUCGAGGUCGAUCCUAAGCAUGCUGGAUGGCAAACAUAUCAUACAUAUGGACUCUUUCGACUCUAUGAAGAAAGAAGAUUAUAAGUUCCUGUAUAGGGCUUGGACCACAACAAAGCCUCUGGGCACGAUCAAUAAUCAGUUCGAACUCAUCAAAUCCAGUGAUCUGAUUAAACAAACGAGAACAUUGAAGGAAAGGAUUUUAAGUUAG